AUGGCUGUGUCCGAGACUAUUGUGGUUAUAGGUGCAGGUGUCGUCGGACUAUCAACCGCCCUAUGCAUUCAAGAAUGUCUUAAGCCUUCGCAGUCGGUGCUUUUAGUAGCGAGGGAUUUCCCGUCUGACACUUCUGUCAACUAUGCAUCGCCAUGGGCCGGGGGUCACUAUCGGCCCGUGCCCGGCUCCUCCUCACAGGCGCUUCGGGAGGCAAGACAGGCACAGCGCACGUAUGAGUUUUUCAAGAGAGUAGCUGACAGUGAGCCGGCUGCUGGUAUCCUCUUCCUCAAGGGCGUGGAGCAUCUCGAGGCUCCGCCGCCCGAGUACCUGGACUCCCAGAGUGUGCGCAAUGUCUAUUCCCACUUGGAUGGUUUCCGACACUUGUCGAAUGAUGAACUACCCGCAGGCGUACAAUGGGGUGUUGAGUAUAGUACCUACGUGGUGAACUCGCCUGUAUAUUGUGCGCACAUGCUGCGCAAGUUCAUCUUGAAAGGCGGCACCACGAAACGAUAUACCCUCGCACAUCUAAAAGAGGCCUUUUCUCUUGCUACAAAUGUCAAGACAGUCGUCAACUGCUCCGGUCUCGGCUUCGACGAUCUAAAGUCCUUCAUUAUCAGAGGCCAAACGUGCCUAGUCCGAAACCCCGUCUCGGCAACAAUCACCCGCCAAAACACCGACGGCUCCUGGUCCUUCUGCAUCCCGCGCCCGCUAGACGGAGGUACAGUCAUUGGCGGCACUAAGCAACCGCACAACUGGGACCCUAACCCAUCUCCAGAAACCAGAGCGCAGCUUCUUGCAAAUGCCUCGAAAUGGUUCCCUUUCACCACCGAGAGUGGGGGCCAAUUCGAUGUCAUCCAGGACAUCGUGGGGCGACGACCCUCCCGCGAAGGCGGCAUGCGGAUCGAGAUCGAGAAGCUGGAACGUGAGAAGCAGAUAGUUCAUGCCUAUGGAGCUGGUGGGCGGGGCUUUGAGCUCUCGCGCGGUAUUGCGGAGGAUACAGCUGCAUUGAUGCUGAAGAAUGGAUUGCUGAGGGAGAGAGCAGCGCUGUGA